CAAACUCACCACUACCCAAUCAAACCAAUCUUAAAUGCCAUCUCAGUGGGACUAAUAGCGCGUGUCCAAAAAAUCGCGUGGGGAAGUGAAUGCAUUUUUAGGGAAAAAAGGAAUUUCUCUAUUGCAUUAAAACAGUAUUGUUUUUCUUUCCUUUUCAUUUUGAUUUUCAAGUUUUCAUUACAUGAGUAAGAUCUUCUUCACUUUGCUAUCAGAAUCCAAAACCAAAAACAAAAAAAUAAAUAAAAUCAAAAUAAAACAAAAGCAUCUCCUUAGUAUCGGCUACCGUAAUCUCUCCAAGUAUUUUUUUUUUUUUGUUCCUUCCUCUUUAAGUUCUUGAAAGCUCACAUUUUGAACAAAGAACUGAAAGCUCUACCACAGAAAAAUUUAAGGAAAAGUCUUUUACUUUGUUGGCAGGAACUGAUUCUUCCAAGUGUUCAGGCUUUUCUAUCUGAUUUGCCAUGUGGUAAUGUAUCUACUUGGUGCCUUAUGAAUCUUAUGCCAAUAACAAUCUAAUCAUGGAUAAGGUAUCUACAGAUUGUCCCUACCCAGGGUGCUUUUUCUGUGUCAUGAAGGAAGGAAACCCUACUAAACGCAGAGCCAGUAUUCUAAAGUUCUUUAGAGAUCUUCCUUCACAAGAUGAUGAUGGUCAAGUUCUUCCUAUCAGUGGCCUUUGGAAUACUGCCAUGGCACAUCCUAAUGAUCCUGAAUUCAUUGAGUUGGGGAUUUUUGAAUGCAUGUCUGCACUAAUAUGGAAAGGUCUCAAGAAUCGGCGCUGGCUUUCUCAUGACCAAAAUAUAUAUAUUCCUUAUUAUGCAGCACAUAUUAUUGGAUCCUACACCAUGAAUGUGGAAGAGUUCGCGGAAAGCGCUGUGCAUGCUGGUGUAAUUCCUCCUUUAGUUGAGCUUUUGAGAGGUAGGUUGACUUGGGUUGAACAAAGAGUGGCAGUGCGAGCUCUAGGACACUUGGCUACAUAUACGAGUACUUUUCCUGCUGUAGCAAGUCAUGGAGAAAUUCUUGAAGUCUCUAUUCAGCUAGCAAUGAGUUCACUGGAAAUAGUUUACUCUCACUUUUACCAGUAUGUUGAUAGAAGGCUAAGUUAUCACUGUGACCUGCUUACUCGUGGUAUGGGUGGUGUUGAAAUGGAGUCAAGGAAGGCUGAAGAAUGGGCUAGUCAGCUGCAAUGUUGGUCCCUUCAACUCAUUAAUUGCUUUGCUUUCAAGCCUGAGUUUCUUCCCAACAUAUGCAAACCUGAAUUUCUUGCAAAACUACCAGGAAUGUGGGGUGGACUUGUUAAUGAAAACUCACCAGCUGGUAUUGGUUUGUUAAGAACCAUCUGUCAUCAUAAGCUUGGUAGGGGACCUGUUGCUAGCUGUCCUGGCAUUAUUGAAGCAUUAUGUAAUAUUGCUCGCUCAUCUGAUGAUUGGCAAUAUAUGGCUAUUGAUUGUCUUCUUUGGUUGCUUCAAGAUCCAAGCACAUCUCAUAAGGUGAUAGAUAAGGCAGUACCUGCCCUUGUAGACCUUGCAGAGAUUACAACUCUGGGUGAUCACAAAAAGCUUGGAGAUUCCAUUGUUAAUGUUCUUCAGGAAUGUACUCAAUCACAAGGGAUGGGACGCAGCUCUCUCAGUAACCGCUCAAAAGAACUGAUUGAAGAACUAUCGAGUUCCAGGCAGAGAUUGAAGUGGGAAAAGAAUAUGCCAAAGGAGGAUCUCCAUAUUAAACAGGCUGCUGCUUUAGUGGUCAAGCUUGAAGGAAACUCUCUUUUCUCAUCAGGAAAUAUAUCUGGAGCUGCAUCAAAGUAUUCAGAAGCAUUAUCAUUGUGUCCAAUGAGAUCCAAGAAAGAGAGAGUUGUUCUCUACAGUAAUCGAGCUCAGUGUCAUCUUCUAUUGCAGCAACCCUUGGCUGCCAUAAGUGAUGCUACACGUGCAUUAUGUAUUCACAACCCACUGAACCGUCAUGCCAAAAGCCUAUGGAGAAGAGCUCAGGCUUAUGACAUGCUUGGUUUAGCUAAAGAGAGCUUGCUAGAUGCCAUUCUCUUCAUAAAUGAAUGCUCUCAGUCAAAUGACCCUGAUCUCUCAUCGAGGCAAAAUAAGGUUCCUGACUAUGCUGAACGAUUAGUCAAGAAGCAAAUGCGUGCAGCUUGGUUAUUUAGAGAGGCAGCUAUCAAACAUGGGGGUGUGCACUGUGAGGGUGAUGCAGGUGAUAUGUAUGGCCAGGAUACUGAUGACUCUGAAUGGGAGACAGCGAGUGAAAGCGAUAUAGGAAAUGAUGGAAGGGAUGAAAUGGGUGAGGAGGAUGACGAUGAUAACGAAUGGAAGAAUGAAGAUGAUAGGAAAAAUAAAUAUGAAAAACCCUCAAUGAAAGAUAUAAAGCACGGGUUUAAUGUGCAGCUCACAGAAGAUGAACCGUAAGUGUUUGAAGGACAAACAGCAUAGAUAUUGACCAGUAGUGAACAAAAGCUACUAUGAUUUGGCAUUUGUUAUUUCAUGUUCCAGAGCUAUAGCCUAGUUGCAUUUAAAGUUGGUCUUAUGUCUGGCUCAGUGAAGAAGCAACUUGGAAGGGAAGCUUUUCUUUGGUCAUUGCUAGAGGUAAAACUUGUUUUACAAACAUUUCUUAUAUGUUUUAUGUUUUUCUGUUCUCCUGAUUUGUUCUUGUUAAUUUCAACUGUAGAAAUUGACAGAGAUUUUGAGUGUAGGGAACCAUUUUGUCUGGAGGGUGUGAAGCUUUGUGAGUGAUCUUAAGAUCUUUGUGUAUAUAAAACCCUAAAAGGUUUUUGACACUGAACUAUCAUAUUUGAAUGAUAAUUGUGAUAUCUUAUGAUGGUUCGAAUUUUUUCUUGUGCGAGGAAAUAUUGGAUGUUCAUGCUAGCUAAAAGGAUUAUAAAAAGGGUACACCACUUUUGUAUGACACGUCAGCACAGUUGCAACGGUCCAUGUAAGCCCCAAUGUUAGGAGAAAUUAUUAUAUAAUCUUUUUUUACCUGAAUUAAUCAGACACAACCAGACCAACAGUUAUGUUGUCUAUUAGUAAAAUGUUAAAAACUUUUAAUUUCAAUGAUCAUAGGCUCCAAUCUUCGAAACCUCAAAUAUAUAUAUAAAUCAGACAACGAUAAUGAAUAUUUGUUCAUUUGACAACUU